AGCAUUUGAAGCCUUGACUUGUUAGCUUCCUGCAUCCGACGAUGGCGCGCAGCCGAGUCUUGCCCUUGCUCUUGGUGACGGCGUGCUGUGUUCCAGAUCAACAUUCAACUCCUGCAUGCCAGCUCCUAGCGGGCUUGGCUGUUGUGACGGAGCUCGUCACGAACUUUGUGGCAAAUCCAAGCACCCCUCGUUUGACUGGGCGAAAACCCAAUACAGCCAUGUAUGCAGAAGAUCCCUUGGACUUCGUGGGCAAGACUGGGAAGAGGAUAGAAGCCAACAGCGAAAAUGAACAGCUCAUCGAUUUGGAUGGCUUCUGGGCAAUUUUCUUCACUUUGGCUGGUGUCGGUGCUACCUUUCUUUUCGUCAACUUCCUCCAGGGUCUCAAGCCAAGCUAAGACUGAGCUGCGCAACCACUGUUCCCAUGCUCGGUGGAGAAGUGUACUGGAAGCCUGCAGUCUUCUCCUCAAGACCUCC